CUCAGGCAGCUGACUGCUGAUCACGUGACAUCUGCCACUUACUCCACUUGAAGCAGAACACCGGCGCGAAGUGGAGCAGGCAGCAUCCCGAGUGCCGAACUGGUUACCAUGGCGACAGCGAUAUUCAAGGAGACUGCGAGCAUAAAGCAAGCCGUCUCCAUUAUCAAUGACAUGGAUGCUGGCAAGUUUCCCAGGCUUCUCUCGCGCAUUCUUCAAAAGCUUCAUCUGAAGGCUGAACAGAGUUUUAACGAAGAAGAAGAGGAGAAACUUCAAGCAGCCUUUUCAUUGGAGAAGCAGAGUCUAAAAUUGGUCUUGGAGACCAUCUCCUUCAUUUUGGAACAGGCUGUGUAUCACAAUUUAAAGACUCCAGUGUUACGCCAGCAGCUGGAGAAUAUCCAUCUCGAGCCGAGUAAAACUGAAGCAUUUGCCAGUGUCUGGGAAAAUGCUGGGCAGGAGACUGUGGAAAAAUUCAGACAAAGGACUUUAACUCCUAAAAAGCUGGAGACAACGUCCUGGCAGCUCAACCUCCAGAUGGCUCAAUCCACCCAAGCAAAAAUGAAAUCUCCCCAGGCUGUGCUAGAACUUGGAGUUAGCACCGAAGACACAAAGAACCUGGAGAAGAUAUUCGUGGAGUUUAACCACCAGGAGCUUUUGGAGUUUUAUAACAAGCUCGAGACUAUCCAGGCGCAGCUGGAUUCCCUUACGUGAUGUCUUAAAGAUGGGUUCUUCCACGGCACUCCUGCCACCUCAUUAUUUUCUAUAGAAGAUAGAUUGCCAAGCUGUGUUUGUUAAAAGAAUCAAUGGACUGCUUCUUGUAAAAUUAUAUGGCUUAUCUCCUCUUAGAGUAGCAACAUUAGCCGAGGGAGAUCAUUGCGAGGAAUGCCGAGAGUCUAAUUGACUCUCUGGUUGGUUUCUGUGAAUACUGGGCACAACAUACAUGAUUGAGAUAGCACAGAAGGAAGUGAUGAUCAUUCUAGUUCAUACUUCUACCAUACCCCUAAUAUAGAAAAGUGAGGUUUAUCUAAAGCAGAAGUUUACAAGUAGCUUUGAGCCAAGGGUGGUGUGUCAGAUUUACAAGAUCCCUUGAUUUUAUUUUAUUUUUUACAUACAUAUGCUAGCCAUUGCACAUGUUGGCAAUCUGUACUGUCCUCAGACUGCAUUUCUUGUGAAGAUGUCCAAGCUUAAACCAUUGAGAAACUACACUAUCAUCCCUCAAAUCACAAGCCCUCCAGAUAUCAAUGUCUCUAUAGUGGCUGAUGGAUCUCCUUGUCACUGAAAAGAUGGAACCAUCCAGUCAAUUCCAGCCACUCUGGAUAAUAGACAUGCCAAGCCAAUAAAAUUAUCUUGACAUUCAAGGAACAUGGUCUAGAUAUGCAACUGGAGCCUAUAUCGGACAAAUGGAAAAGAUUUCUAACAUGUCACCAUCUCUUUUGUCGCUAUUGCGAUCGCUCGUCCUCAUACAGCUGCAUUGUUUCUGGGCAGCAGAUCAGUGUUUAGAUAGCACAAUCUGCAGCCCAGAAACGCUCGUUCAUCAGGUGAUUGGCUGCACCUUUAGAUGUGCAGAUUGUCGAGAACACGCGUUCGCAGCAACGUUCGUCCCCGAUAAUCUGUCCGACUACCCGCAUGUGUAAAUCCACUAUUAGUUAAGUCAAUUAUCAGUGUUACCAGUGAGACAUUACCUUGUGCAAUGGUCCCUCAAGAUACAGUAGCCUCGGGAUACAAUAUUUUCAACAUACAGUGGCCUUUUCUGGGCCAUUGUACGGUAAUUUGAAACUAGACUCCGCAUACAAUGUCUCAGACCCAUAUAUCGAACCAAUCAGCAUGGCCAAUUCUCUGGUAAAACACCUGUAUUGGUUGUCUAGUAGCUCCUCUGGGGUGCUACAUGUUCUGUACCCCUCCCUCCCUGUACCCCUCCCUUCUGUGCCAGGAUGACCUGCUCCUUUGGACAUUGGGUGAGCUGUGGCUCCAUUUUAUUUUUCUGGUACUGUAUGUAAGACCCUGAAGAAGCUCAUGUUCAUGCCACAGAAAGUGUUGUAUAGCUUCCACAAUCUAUCCCUAUCUACAUAAGGACUUGCUUUUUGUGUAUUACUUAUGUGCUUCUUUUUCUUCACUUAUUCUUGUUUUGGGAUUGUGUUUUUGGGCUUUGGAACCAAUUACUGGUUUUCCGUAGAGUUAUGGACUUAAGCUACAAGGUUUUUCAACUUGGUUGUCCAAGAACCAAUUAAUAUUGUAACUUGAGGGACCACUGUACAUUGUAACUAACUCUCAGCUGUGAGAAGCUGGAAGGCAGAAUGGAGUUUUAACAUCUGAAUAUAAAAUGUGUUGAUGAUCUUGAAGAUGGCGAGGAACUAAAGCACAACAAACUUUUAUCAUACAAGAAGCAAAACCUCUAUUUUCAUUAGACUGGGAACCCAUUUAAAGCCUCUUGCACACGACCAUGUCGGUAUUUCUGUCCGCAAACGACGGAUCCGUAAAAUGUUUAUUCUUUCUUCAUGGUCUGUAAUGGAAACAAUUACAAUGAUGCCUGUUCUGUCUCACCAUGGACACCAAUAUUGACUGAAGGACCCCCCCUUGACUCAUAAAGGGGUCUGUUGGGUUGUGAUGGGAAGAAUAGUGCUGCAAGGUACACGAUUGUUCCUGUCAUGUUCAACAGAACUGUUGGUGGAGCCUAUAUACUAGUGUGUACUUGAUCUAAUCCAGGGAUGCCCAACCUGCAGCCCUACAGCUAUUGAAAAAUUACAACUCCCAGCAUGCCCUGACAGCCUACAGCUAUCAAAGCAUGUUGUGAGUUGUAGUUUUGCAACAUCUGGAGGGCUGCAGGCUGGGCAUCCCUGGUCUAAUCUAUAAUAUAAUUUUGGCGUAGGAUUCUUUGCUUAAGGCCCCAUUCACACAACCAUGUUUUUGCGUAGCGAAAGUGGACCCAUUCAUCUCAAUGGGCCAGCAAAAAAUAUGGACAGCACACCGCGUAUGUCUGUUCUGCAUCUCUGCAAAAAAGAUAUAACAUGUCCUAUUCUUUUCCAUUUUGCGGACAAGAAUAGGCAUUGUUAUAAUGUGUCCGCUAAAAAGCAGAUGCAACACAGACAUCAUCCGUAUUUUUUGCAGACCGCUAAAUACAUACGGUGAAUGAACCCUGACAUUCUGCUUUAGAGAUUUAGUUUGCUUGUUAUACUGUCAUUGUAACUAUUUGUUACAGUGAAUAGAAUGACUAGUAAACAAAUUCGGAUUAUAUGUACCAUCAUAUCUGUGCUUUGUGUUUGUGCUACAUUUGGACUCUUUAAACGCGUCUGUGAUAAUGAAACCUACAGGCCGUAGCAUGUCCUUGUUUUUCUGACAAUACAAACUGUUGCUGGAUUUACAGUACAUUACUUGUAACACAUUAUUAUUCACAUUCACUGCAUAAAUGUUGAGAUGACAUCCCCGAUGAUCUUCCCUUUGGGCUAGUGUUGCAAAAUAAAGUGACAAUUUGAAAGAACUGGAAA